UAUAUGUAGCAUUUCAUUGUCCCACGAAGGAAGUAUGGCGCAAGAUUUUUUGGCAGAAAAUAAUCUCUGUGGUCAAGCUAUUCUUGGUCUUGUCAGUCGAGGAAAUGCUGUGAUUGCUGAAAUUCUCAGAUUGUCAGACUUCAUACCCCCGGUGUUUAAACUGGAAUCAAAGGCUGAUCAAUUGAAAUAUGGUGAAAUCAUCUCAGAUUUCAGUUAUUUUCGAGCGGCAGAAUUUUAUGAGAACAGAAUUGAAAAAAAUACUCAACUUCAGGAUUUGGAUGAUGAAUUCAGAGAAAAUCACAUCAGCAUAUUGACUCGAUUUUACCUCACUUUUGAAAGCAUUCAUAAAUAUGUGAUGGAUCUUAAUAGGUUUUUAGAAGAACUGAAUGAAGGAAUCUACAUUCAACAAACCUUGGAAUCCGUUCUAAUCAAUGAGGAUGGGAAACAAUUGUCUUGUGAAGCACUGUUUCUGUAUGGUGUGAUGCUUCUUAUCAUUGAUAUGAAGAUAGAUGGAUUGGUCAGGGAGAGAAUGAUGGUUUCAUACUACAGAUACAGUGGUGCAGCACGUAAUGCAGGCUCAGAUUCCAACAUUGAUGACGUUUGUAAAUUACUUCGUAGUACUGGUUUGUCUCAACAACCAGGUGCUAAACGUCCACCUGGAUAUCCUGAAAACUAUUUUUCAAGAGUUGAAGUAAACCCAACAUUUGUCAGUAUGGUGAUUGGAAGAAUGCGUUCAGAUGAUUUGUACAGUCAGAUUGCAGCAUAUCCUCUUCCAGAACAUAGAAGUACAGCACUUGCAACCCAAGCAUCAAUGCUGUAUGUGGCUUUAUAUUUCACUCCUGAUAUCCUACAUUCUCAACAAGCAAAGAUGAGAGAAAUUGUCGACAAAUAUUUUCCUGAUAAUUGGGUGAUUAGUGUAUACAUGGGCAUCAUUGUGAACCUGAUAGAAGCUUGGGAACCAUAUAAAGCCGCUAAAACAGCAUUGCAGAAUACAUUGGAUCAAGGCAAUAUCAAAGACCAGGGUGCAAAACAUGCGACAAGAUUGAAACAACUCAUGCCACAGAUUGAUCAUUUUUUGAAAGAAGGAGUCUUAACUGAAGAUUACGUGCUGGACAACAUUCCCAAAAUCAUGAACUGUAUGAGAGAAUGCAAUGUGAAUUUGCGAUGGUUGAUGCUGCAUACUGUUAACACUCGUCUGGAUCAUAUAAAGAAAUGCAAACAAACUCGUGACAUUGUCAUCAACUCAUCUGGCAUUAAAGCUGGACAUAUCUUUCAACUUAUGCUCAGCACUGCUCAGCUUGAACUGAAAAUGACUGAUAUGUUCAAGAAAAUGUUGAAGGAGAAGGAAGGGAAAUGGGAGAAAUACAAGAAAGAAGGAGUGGAAAGAAUGAAUGAAUUAGCUGAAGUUUUCUCCGGAACUAAACCACUAACAAGAGUGGCAAAGAAUGAUCAUCUGAAAGCUUGGUUUGAACAAAUGUCAAAACAGAUUCAAUCGUUGGAAUAUGCAUCGUCCACAUCAGCAGGUCGAAAAAUUGUUCAAUUGAUGCAAGCAUUAGAAGAAGUUCAAGAGUUCCAUCAACUUGAAACAAAUAUGCAGGUCAAACAAUUCUUAGCUGAUACUAGAUCAUUCCUGCACCAAAUGAUAAGAACCAUCAAUAUCAAAGAAGAAGUUUUGAUCACCAUAGAAAUAAUUGCGGACUUGUCGUAUGCAUGGAUGAUUCUAGAUGAAAACUACACUGCUCAUAUGCAAGAAGGAAUAAAACAGAAUCCAUCUCUCGUUAUCAAAUUACGAGCAACAUUCCUCAAACUUGCAUCUGCUCUUGAACUUCCUUUGUUAAGGAUUAAUCAGUCAAACAGUCGAGAUAUGAUCAGUGUAUCUCAGUAUUAUUCUGGUGAACUUGUGGCUUAUGUGAGAAAGGUACUUCAAGUUAUUCCUCGGACCAUGUUCAGUUUGUUGGCAAACAUAAUCAAAAUUCAAACUGAACAAAUUCGUGAGUUACCAACAAGACUGGAGAAAGAUAAAAUGAGAGAAUAUGCCCAACUAGAAGCCAGAUAUGAGGUCGCCAAGCUAACUCAUGGAAUAUCAGUUUUCACUGAGGGUGUUCUGCAGAUGAAAACAACAUUAGUUGGUGUUAUAAAACUUGAUCCUAAACAGUUGCUAGAAGAUGGAAUACGUAAAGAACUUGUUCAGAAAGUCGCAUAUGCCAUGCAUCAGUCCCUGAUAUUCAAUCCUAAAACUAAAGGGCCUAGUGAACUCCUUCCGAGGCUGAUUCAACUUGAAAAAACAAUUGAUGGUUACAAAAGAUCAUUCGAGUACAUUCAGGAUUAUGUUGAUGUUUACGGGUUAAAGAUCUGGCAAGAGGAAGUUUCGAGAAUCAUUAAUUAUAAUGUGGAACAAGAAUGUAACAGCUUCCUCAGGCAGAAGGUUCAUGAUUAUGAAAGCGUAUACCAGUCAAAAGACAUCCCGAUUCCUCGCUUUAGACCCGUGGAUGGAUCGGUGAAUUUUGUAGGACGCUUGGCAGUUGAAAUUUUGCGUAUCACUGAUCCAAAAGUAACUUCGUACGUUGAUCUUCUGAACACUUGGUAUGAUCUGAAGACCAAACAAGAUGUCAUCGAUAACAAAAUGUUUUCGAGAAUCCAGGCCAGCCUUGGAACAUAUGGUUUAAGUGGAUUGGAUAGAUUAUUCAGCUUCAAGAUAGUUCGGGAAUUACAGAAUUUCACUCGUUUCCUGCAUGUGAAUGUUUGUAGAGAUAAAACUAUGAUGGAAAUGAUGAGUGGACUCACCAAAGCAGUCAAUCCUGUUCGAGGCCUUGUUGAGAAUCCUCUUAAACUGUAUCCAACUGUGCUUCAAAGAAUCAACAGGAAUUACAACAAUUCAUUUGUUGAUGUUAUUCUUCGUGUUGGACAAAUUCAAAUUUUACGAAGACAGAUUGCUAACGAACUUAACUUCUCUUGUAAAUUUGACUCCAAAUUUCUUGCUUCUGCAUUGGAUACAAUGAACAGAGCAUUAUUGACAUCAGUACGAGCCCAUUAUCAAGAUCCAACCAAACCUUAUCCCAGUGAAGAAAAUCCAAUAUUAUAUGAAUUGGGAUCCUAUCUUGAUACAGCUGGACUGGGCUAUCCUCUUGACAAGAUUUACAUCACCACAAAGCGGAUUCAACAUUUCGCUUUAUUGUGCUUCACAUUCACCAUUGCUCAAUUGCAAAAGCUUGUCUACAGCAAGUCACUAUGUGGCCUCACUUGCAAGAAAAUAACUGACCCAAUAGAUGCUCCACCAUUUGUUAUUGGAAUGCAUACUCUUCUAAAACAAUUCCAUCCAGAGGAAACUGAACGAUUCCUUGCAUUGUUGGGACAAUAUAUUCGAUCUCAUGUCAAUGUGGGAGUAAGUUCAAAGAUUAUGGAUCUCUCACCUGAAGUUGUCAAUUCUCUUGCUUUCAUUGAAGAUUUUCUAUACUAUGGAAAACUAGACAGGAAGGUUCUUGAGAAGCAUAUACCGGCAUAUCUGAUGGAUGAAUUUCGUAGCAAUUUAUCUUAAAUUCAUAUCUCUUGAUUGAAGAUCAUCUGAUAGCUUAAUCAUAUUGAAUCAGUGCAAUAUUAUGUUAUCUCUGUAAUAGUUCUAUUUAAAACCCAAGAUUAUACAAUAUUCUGAUCAAAA